AUAUUACUUUUCAAAAACUGAAAAUUUUGGUUAUUUGUUAUUUUGAUAAAAAAGUGAUAAAAAAAUAUUUUAAAGUCGAUUAUGCCCAAGCAAGCUGUCGACGCUGGAGUGAAAGACUAUUUUUUUCAACUCCGUUCGCGGAUGUCUCGUAUGGUGUCGAUAGUGGAAAUCACCUCGCCGAAUUUUAAUCCGAUGGCGGGGCAAGAUCCAAAAUGGCAGAAGGACGCGUCGGAUCAAAAUUUCGACUACAUGUUCAAACUACUGAUAAUCGGUAACUCUUCCGUUGGUAAAACAUCUUUUCUCUUCCGGUAUGCCGACGACUCUUUCACCUCGGCCUUCGUUUCCACUGUUGGGAUUGACUUCAAAGUGAAAACGGUCUUCAGGAAUGACAAGAGGGUGAAGCUACAAAUCUGGGAUACGGCGGGACAGGAGAGAUACAGAACGAUCACAACAGCCUAUUACAGAGGUGCGAUGGGCUUCAUUUUAAUGUACGAUAUAACAAACGAAGAUUCGUUUAAUUCAGUACAAGACUGGUUGACGCAGAUAAAAACCUAUUCGUGGGAUAAUGCCCAGGUCAUAUUAGUAGGCAACAAGUGCGAUAUGGAGGAUGAGCGAGUCAUUAGUUUCGAGAGGGGUAAACAACUUGCAGAGCAAUUGGGUGUGCAGUUUUUCGAAACAUCUGCAAAGGAGAAUGUAAAUGUGAAGGCGGUAUUCGAGCAACUGGUGGACAUAAUAUGCGACAAAAUGAGUGAAUCGCUCGACAACGACCCCACCCUGAUGGCUGGUGGGGCAGGGCCAGCCAAGGGCCAGCGUCUGACUGAUCAACCGGCCAACCCCACGGACAACUCUUGCAACUGCUAAAGUACCUACGAAGCACGACUGCUGGCGUGCCAAUUAUUGAUGCUGCUGGUGUAGUUAGUUCACCUUCUUCGUCGUUCCUCCGUUCUUUGUAUUUAUUUUCCUCCUGCUGAUGAGAUGCGACUCGAUGAUCGUUCGUGGCAGAACUUCAAUCCGGCUGCCCGAGCUCGACGGCCAAUAAGGUUCACGGCUGAUUCGAUUUACAGCCGAUACGAUUUAUAGCCAAUAUGGUCCAUGGAAUAAGCCAUAAAGUUCGCGGGCGAACAGUCGAUAUCAAUUUUAUCAAAGCUGUCAUCAGAUUCGUCGUCUCGAUUUAAAAUCGAAUCACUAGCGAACUGCAAUCAGUUGAUAAGCGGGAUAGGUUCUUGAUUAGGUUUUCUACCCUUUCUACUUCAAGAACAUUCUUUAGCUUAAGUGGUUCAUGUCCGUGCUAAGUUUCUAGAAACUUAGCACGGACAUGAACCACUUGAGAUGUAGAAUGUUCUCGAAGUAGGUAAGGUAGACACCCUGUUGUAGAAGCGGCCCUGUCUACUCAAAAUGACACAGUUGACAUGCACAACAGUACUUUUUUUAAGCUCGGGCAUCCGAAAUCGGCGAUGUCGAAAUGAUGUUAAAUAGGAUUAUGUGCCGGCUGAAGUAAUAAGGAGGAAGACGAAUAGAGCUUUUUUGUUUUUUACAUGGCUUAAAGAAAAGGCUGAUGAAUCUUAUUCUGCCCAAUUAUCCUUGCAUAAUACAUUCUACAUUACUGGAUAGCAAAAAUUUGUCAAAAAUCAAGAUGUCGGAAAUUUCUCAUUUAUCUAAAUGUCAAAGUUUAUUUCAGGGUCUUUUUAGAAAUUACGUGACGUUUUUUUUACCUUUCUAGUCUAUUGCAAAUAUAUUAGACUGUAAAUAUAAAUCUGACCAAAGUUACGGAUUCGCAGUCAAUUUUGACUGGUUAAAAUAAUGUGGAUUCAAACCGUUACAAAUUAGUUGAAAGUAGCUUUUAAAAUUAGUUAAUUUGAAACACUGGAAAAAAUCAUAAUUUGUAGCGUUCAAUAGUCGGAUCAGUAAUAAUAAAUUAUCGAAACAAAGAUUGAAAUAAUUAGUCAUCUUAAAUUAUUUAAUCAGUUACAAUCACUGAUUUGCCCAAAAAUUGCGAAAAUAUUACAAUUGCGAAUAUAUAUUACAUUUCACUAAUUAAAUCGAUAAUUUUUUUUAAUCCUUUUUUUCAAACUAUUUUUCAAAUAUCAGGACCUUGUUUUGUACUAAUCUCAGACGUCAUUAGAUGUUAAAAAAAUGCACUGAUGAAACAGUCAUUUCAGACGAUAAAAUAUAGACGAUCAGUAAAUAUAACUAAUGAAAUUAGUCAUUUUGAUUCAUCCAAUUCGUUACAUUCGUUACAUUCGUUACAUUCGUAAAAUUACGAAAAUCUGUCACCCUAUUUUGGGAAAAAAAAGAUUACAUGCAGGAAUUUCUUUUUACACACAUCAUUAUUAAAGAAAGAUUUUUUAUGCACUUUCAUAUUUAAAAAAAUAUAUUUGAACAACAUUACGUUAUUUUUGAAAUGCCCUUUUGUACGAAAAGUACAGAAUAGUUAAAAAAUAAGUUAAUUAAUUAAUUAAAAGUACGUUAUUGAAGGCAACAGACUUCGAAUAACAAAUUUUGCUAUCCAAAUUAAUUAGUUGUAUACGAAAAGAUUGAAGAUAUCAUUCAGAUUUUGGAAAAAGUGGUAUAAAGAAGAUAUUGUACACAGAUAGAAUGUGGUGGAAAUUGCUCUUUGUUUGGAGUAUUUCCAAAAUAUAAUAUACAUAUAUAUAAAAAGCAAGUGUCGUCACAAAGCUGAUCACGUGAUUUCGCAGGAAAUUUUUUGAAAAUGGUUGUAAAGCUCUUUCCAGUUGGAUAUAAGUGUUACAGGUAAGAAAAAGGGUGAAUUGAGAGAGAAAGAGGGAGAGAGAGUAGUUUCGUGUAAUUGUUGUCAAGCGUUAAUGUUCAUAAUUAUUGUUAAAAUACACUUUUGUCCAAGAAA